GUGGCCGGGCCGGAGUUUGUGGGCGAGGGAGGGGAAAGGCGGCCGGCGGUGUCGGGGCGCGAACGCGACAUCACAGGGAGAGCGGCGGCGAGCGCCCCAACUCGCUCGGGCGGCAGUCGGUGCAGCUCCGCGGUUUGGCUCUUGCCUGCUCCGCUGCCUGGCGAGCGGGACAGAGCGGGGCUGCGGCGUUUCUGUGUAACGGGCCGCUCUCCCCGGGGAGGCUGCCUGCUGUUUCCCGGGGAGAUCAUGAAACGACAUCGGCUUCCUAGCAGCAGCGAGGACUCUGACGACAAUGGCAGUCUGUCUACCUGGUCCCAGCAUUCCAGAUCUCAGCGUCGUAGGACUUCGUGUUCCAGAGAUGAAGAUCGGAAACCUUCUGAGGUGUUCAGAACGGACCUGAUCACUGCCAUGAAGUUACAUGACUCCUUCCAGCUGAACCCUGAUGAAUACUAUGUGCUGGCAGAUCCCUGGAGGCAGGAGUGGGAAAAGGGAGUUCAGGUGCCAGUUAGCCCAGGGACCAUCCCAGAGCCAGUAGCCAGAGUGGUGUCAGAGACAAAAGCUGUCACCUUCACACGGCCCAGGAAAUACAUCGUGUCCUCGGGCGCGGAGCCCCCGGAGCUGGGCUACGUGGACAUCCGGACCCUGGCAGACAGCAUGUGCCGCUAUGACCUCAAUGAUGUGGACGUAGCCUGGCUGCAGCUGGCCAAUGAAGAGUUCAAAGAAAUGGGGAUGCUGGAGCUGGACGAGUACACCAUGGAAAGGGUGAUGGAGGAGUUUGAGCAGCGCUGCUACGAUAACAUGAACCACGCCAUCGAGACGGAGGAAGGGCUGGGGAUUGAGUACGAUGAGGAUGUUGUCUGUGACGUCUGCCAGUCUCCAGAUGGAGAGGACGGCAAUGAAAUGGUGUUCUGUGACAAAUGCAAUAUUUGUGUGCACCAGGCGUGCUACGGGAUCCUGAAGGUGCCCGAGGGCAGCUGGCUGUGCCGGACCUGCGCGCUGGGCGUCCAGCCCAAGUGCCUCCUGUGCCCCAAGAAGGGCGGCGCCAUGAAACCCACCCGCAGCGGCACCAAGUGGGUGCACGUCAGCUGUGCCCUCUGGAUUCCAGAGGUGAGCAUCGGAAGUCCCGAAAAAAUGGAGCCCAUCACAAAAGUUUCCCACAUUCCCAGCAGUAGGUGGGCACUGGUGUGCAGUCUUUGUAAUGAAAAAGUUGGAGCUUCUAUACAGUGUUCAGUGAAAAACUGCAGAACAGCCUUUCAUGUCACGUGUGCGUUUGACCGCGGCUUGGAGAUGAAGACCAUCUUGGCAGAGAACGACGAGGUGAAGUUCAAGUCGUACUGUCCCAAGCACAGCUCCACCAAGAAAGCAGAUGCUGAGACACUGAGUGAAAGCCCAGGUCAGGAGAACAGCAAUGGGAUUCAGGACACAUCUCUUGCUGCCCACAUGGACCCUUUCCACAGCAUGGAUCAAAACCAGGAGGAGGCCCACAGGGUCAGCCUCCGCAAGCAAAAGCUGCAGCAGCUGGAGGAUGAGUUUUACACGUUUGUUGAGUCUUUGGAAGUGGCCAAAGUGCUGCGGCUGCCUGAGGAGCCGGUGGAAUUCCUUUACCAGUACUGGAAACUGAAGAGGAAAUCCAAUUUCAAUAAGCCUUUGAUUACCCCAAAGAAGGAUGAGGAGGACAAUCUGGCUAAACGGGAGCAGGAUGUUCUGUUCAGGAGGCUGCAGCUCUUCACACACCUCCGGCAGGACCUGGAGCGGGUGCGUAACCUCACUUACAUGGUGACGCGGAGAGAAAAAAUCAAGAGAUCUGUUUGCAAAGUUCAGGAACAGAUAUUUAACAGCUACACAAAGCAGCUGGAACAAGAAAGAGUUUCAGGUGUGCCUUCCUCAUUCUCCUCCAUGGAAAACACAGUGUUGUUCAACAGCCCGUCGCUGGGCCCCAACGCCCCCAAGAUCGAGGACCUGAAGUGGCAUUCUGCGUUCUUCAGGAAGCAGAUGGGCACAUCUCUGGCCCACUCCUUGAAAAAACCACACAAGAGAGACAGGGUAAGGGACAGGUCUGGCAACGACAGCAAAUCCCUGCUGGGGCAGCCCAGCCCCAGGGAAGGAGGCGCAGCUCCAGGCAGCUUCCUAAAUUUUGACAAGACCUUUGCUGAGACGCGGAUUGUAUCGGCACAGCAGAAAAACGGCGUGGUUAUACCAGAGCACAGGAAAAGAAGAGACAAUCGCCCGCAGUGCGAGGUGGCGAAGGCAGAGCUGAAGGAAAAGACUUCUAAACACACCCACAAACCGCUGAGACCCACGGAACUCUCUCAGAGGCAACUGGAAAACAAAAGGGCUGUGAACCACUCCGGUGGUAGGUCAGCGCCUGGCACUCGGAGGGAUAUAGUGCCUAAAUGUAACGGGGGUCUGGUCAAAGUGAACUCUAAUCAGACAGUCGUUAAAGUGCCUACCGCACCCACGAGCCCAGGGAAAAACUGGGGCGGAUUCCGAAUUCCAAAGAAGGGGGAGAGGCAGCAGCAGGGGGAGAGCCUGGAGGAGGCCUGCCGCCAGAACUCCGGCUACCCCUACCUGGGCAUGGGCAGAGUUGCAGCGAAGGAGAGGACAAAAAGCAAGUUAAAGCCUGACAGUGAGAACGAUGGGUACGUCCCCGACGCCGAAAUGAGCGACUCGGAGACGGAAGUGGCCGAAAAGAAGUGCAGGCAGCAGAGGCUCAGUCCAAACAGCAGCAUCGGCAGGAGGACGGACAUUAUUCGGAGGAGCAUCCUGGCCACCUGACCAGACACAGGCACGGGGGUAGUAGAGUCACUGCCUACAAGCCAACUCCACCUUACUCAUCUGUGUGAGAGAGGAGCAUUCUUAGAGCUACAGACUGACAAACCGAAAGCCCAUUUUUUUCUGGGUUGUAUAAAUAUGUUUACAUGCACUUAAAGCUGUUUUAAACUCUUUGGGUU